AUGGAUAACAGCGACGGUUGCUUGGAUUUUUGUGAUUUAGAUGAGGUGAAAUCGGAAGUGAAAAAUAAUAGUGUCAAAGGUGAGGCGAUUCGCCUUCCAGGGAAAAGCUGUAACAAAGACCAAACGCCACAAAACAAUACAAAGAAGAGUUUCCUGAAGGCGAAACCAAGUGGAUCAAAUCACCAAUGUGCGACGAAGAAAUUUUCAGCCAAACCAGGGAAAUGUGGCACAGCAAACAGUUUCGGUGGCAAGAAGAAACUAGCUGAAGGCAAGGCAAAUAGAAAGCGACACAAGUGUCCAUUGUGCGAUUAUGUCACAAACAUUAAGACCAAUUUGAAAAAACACAUGCUCAAGCACACCGGCGAACGACCAUUUCCAUGCAGCGUAUGCCCGAAACGAUUCACAGCAAAACAAAGUCUCCAAUCGCACAUGAAAGCACACAUCGAUGCAUUUCUGUUCAGCUGCGCAAGUUGUUCGCAAGGAUUUGAUCGCAGUGAAGAGAAGGUGGAACACGAAACUGGUUGCAAGGUGCGUCGCUAUGUGUGUCAUCUGUGCAAGGAAUUCUCUACAUUGGAUAAGAAGGAUUUUAAACGUCAUCUGCGUGUACAUCCCGGCGAAAAGCCAUACCGAUGCGAAAUAUGCUCGAAGUGCUUUUCGCAAAAGACUGGCAUCAAUCAACACAAGAAAAUUCACAAGUAG